CUCCUGUGGAGCCUCGUACCACUCAGCAGCAUUGAUAGCAGCAGUGGAACUAUAGAGGGAGAGGGCUUCUUCAUCAUUCCACUGUAGUUGCUGUCACCAUCCUGCAACGUCGCGGGCCAACGAGCGAGCGGCACUCUGACGCGGUGAAAGCGACAGAAAGGAAAAAUAAAAAUAAACAAAAAGCGACGAAGCUGGAAGGAGGACGGAUUAGCCGUGAGGAGCGCCGUGCAGGUGCGUCAUGGUCCAUCGCGGAAGUAGACGGACAAGAAGGAGAAGAAGACGAGGGGGCUGCGGAAGAUCUCACCCGAGAAUAUAACCGCAUUGGACCAUACGGCAGGGGGACGAGCGUUGGGGUUCCGGAAUCGGGCAAUCGUUGUGGCGGAUCUCGGGGCGGGGAGGAAGACGCGGAGGAGUCCACUAUUCGGGGGAAUUGUGGAAUAAGACUAAUUGGAGACUUCCGGGGGAUCGGGUGUGGUUACUGAGCGAGGAGGAGGGAGAAGAGGAGGAGGAAGUUAACCAGGAGGGAAGAAAGUGGAGAGGAUUUUGUUGCGACGUCACCUCUUCCGAAGCUUUGGGGAAAAGUUGCGUUUGUCUGUGCUUUGCGAAGAAAUCAUCACUUCUGCCUGUGAUUGACUCUGCCGCUGCUGCACGAGAGACACACAUGUGCACAUUGCAGAUGAGGCCAUGAUGGUGUUUCACACUGGCUGGCUGCACGGAAGUUGCGUUUGAGGUCAUUUUUUGCUGUUGUUGCGGGACUGCAUUUCGAUUGUCAUUGGAUCGGAUUGGGGAAAUCAGGACGGAGGAGAAGAAUGACGCCAAGGAGUGGGUUGUCUUCAUAAAAGAUAACGGACAAGUGUGUUUGGAAUCGCCGAAUGUGGCAAAUUGGAGAUUGGUUGGGUGAUUACAGAGGCCAGGUGAUCAACACGUGGCAUUUUGAAUGCGAGAGCGUCGCGGGCAGUGAAAUCAAAAUGUAGGGGAGGAAUGACGCUUGCCUGGAAAAGUGGAGAAGUUGCGGUGACUACAACUAUGUUUGGACGAGAAACAUGACGGUGCCACUGUCGCCCUCGCAGCACGAUUCUUUGGCCGUGGACGACGGCUGUUCGUCAGUGCGAGUGGCAGUACGCGCACGCCCUUUGGUUGAGAAGGAAUUGGUAGAGAACUGCUCCGAAUGUGUUUCAUACUCGGAGUGUGGGAAACAAGUAAUUAUAGGCGCAGAACGCAGGUUCACUUUUGAUCAUGUCUUCGGCGCUGCCACUAGUCAGGAAGAUGUCUACACCAACUGUGUCAAGCCCCUUGUCGAAAGCUGCUGCGCGGGGUACAAUGCAACAGUACUGGCAUAUGGACAGACAGGUUCCGGAAAGACCUUCACUAUGGGUUGCGGCAACAAUGUGUCGUUGUUGAAGGAGGAUCUCGGCAUUUUACCUCGGGCGAUUCGCCAGCUCUAUGAGUGUGUUGAGGAGCGCAGUAAUCAGGCUGAGUUUCUGAUCAAGUGCGCGUAUGUCGAGAUUUAUAACGAGGAGAUAAAAGAUUUGCUCCAUCCAGAUACGCCAUCAAAGUCUAUUUCCAUUCGCGAAGAUGCAAAGGGCGAUAUCGUCCUCGCAGGUGUCAAGGAAGAAGUCGUCACCAACUUUGAAAACAUGAUCAGGCUUCUUGAACAUGGAUCAAUGUUCCGCACAACAGGAAGUACAUUAAUGAACCAGCAUUCUAGCCGCUCACAUGCUAUCUUCACCAUCAUUGUCGAGCAGCGGAGCAUUCUGGAUAGUGCUAGCAAUGAAGUCAUCACUGCGAAGUUUCAUUUGGUAGACCUUGCAGGCUCAGAAAGGGUGAAGCGUACGGGUGCUGUGGGCAUGCGAUUCAAAGAAUCUGUCACUAUUAACUGCGGUCUUCUUGCUUUAGGGAACGUCAUAAGCGCAUUGGGGGAUGAGCGAAAAAGGUGUCAGCAUGUACCGUACAGGGAGUCAAAGCUCACACGUAUGCUGCAGGAUUCCCUGGGUGGAAACAGUCGAACGUGUAUGAUUGCGUGCAUUAGCACUGCUGACACAAAUUUUGAGGAGACACUCAAUACGUUAAAGUAUGCUAAUCGUGCCCGCAACAUUCGUAACAAGCCUGUCAUCAAUCGUGAUCCGCAGUCUAUCUUGCUGAAUCAUCUGCGACAAGAAAUCCGGGCUUUACAACUGGAGUUGCUGAAUUCGCGAAUUCGUAAUGCGGGCCUAGAUCUCGCCAGUGGACCGCAAGAUCUAUUCCUGACACGGGCAGAUACAUCAAUGGAGGUGACUGCGGAGCUCAAUACUUUGCGUCUGAAGAGCAGAGAAAGUGAACACGAAUGUCUCAAACUGAAAGAUGAUAUACAAGGAUUGCAGUCGUUAGUUAACAAUCUGCAGGAGGAAAUGCUGAUACUACGUACCGAGCGCAAUCAUUACCAGCUAAAAUUGGAUGAAGUGAACUCAGAACUGGCGGCAUUGAUGCAAGAAAUGCCACGUUGGGAAGGUGUCAUGGAUAUCAGUCCUAUGGUCAAGGACCACUUGUUAAUAAGGAUGAAGAGGGCCAUGGGUGAGACUGAUAAUGAAGGUCCUGGUUUUGAAUCCAGUGGUAGUUCGUUGUCUAGCUUAGAUAGGCCAGCUAGUUCUGAUGCUGCAACGAGAAGUGAGAGGAAUCCUAGCUUUCCUACCGUCAGGGAGACUGCUCGAGAAUGCAGUAAUAGCUGGCCCAGUUCUCAACCAAAAGAAGACCAUUCUGUCGCAUUGAUGCCGGAGAUGGUGUAUACUCCUUUCACAGCAGAUGCAAAGGGUGCGAAUUGUAACUCGCCGGAUCGAACUAGUGGAAGUAAUCGCAACAUCAACCAAAAUUUACGAACCAUACGGGAUCUGGAGGAGCGGUUAGCACUUAAAGAAAGUGACGUGAAAUUUAAAGAAGAGACAUUGAAGGAAGCUACUGAGGAUCUCGCAAGGGAUGAACGAAUCUUUGCUGAGAAGAUGAAGGAGAUCAAGACACUAAAGAAGCUUGCUCGAGACCUGACAAACGAAAGGGAAACGUUGAUGCAAAAAGCAGAGAAAAAUUCUGCAAUGAUUUCGCAGAUGUCAGUGGAGGCCUUGGCGAAGGAGGAUGAGUUGGCACGUCUUCGAAUGUCUAUUGAAAUUUUGCAGUCUGGGCGGCCGGACGCUUUCAACAUCAAUAGCGCCUGCGUUCCCGGAGUUCCAGUUGAAGUUGCGAAGCCCAAAGGAGAGAAUUGCGACGUCCAUGUAGACCGAAUUGAGAGUCCCGACGAGGUUAAAUGCAAUGCAAUGGAUAAUACUAGUGAUGCGGUUGACACUGCUGCUGAAGCUCCCGUCGAAGAUCUAAGUGAAAAAUUGAAGGUCAAGGAAGAAGAGGAGAGAUUGUUGUCUCCAAGAAAGGCUUUUGAAGAGCAGCAACAUUUUGAAGAGGACGUGUGCACUCAAAGCCGCGAACUAAGACGAAGCAAACAGAAGGGCAACUUCCUUACAAAGUGCCUUAUGGGCUUGUAACGUUUCCAAGCACAUAUGGGAUAUAUGAACGUUGGUGCAGCGUGACAUUAUAUUGGAGUAUCAACUAUACACAUAUUCAGUUUAGGCUGUAUGCCGCCUACCUCGACUGCCUUGGCACUACUUGCCUUGUUACCGCUGUCAAAAUACAGCAUUGUAGCAGAAGUUCGGGUUUUUAAAUAGAAUCAUGAGUGCACACUUACAAUCGACAGAAUAAGUACCAGCGAGUAGGUAGAUAUACCUAACUUAGGUGAUGCAGGAAAGCCCUACUGGGCUUGUAGAGUGAGGUUGUCCGCCCUCUUAUCUGUCACAGAGCCAUUUCAUUUUAAGGCACACACGAAUCUUAAAUUUUUUUUUGGUCUUAUUAGGUUUCCAAUUGGUAUAUUCUUAUGUAUAUGCUCGUCAGUUUCAUUUAUUUAUUUAUUUUUUGACACAAAUUAAGAAAAACUCUGCUGCGAACAGAAGGAGACAGAUACAGACACCCCGGAUAGGUCUGGCCAAGAUGGGUUACAUGUACAAGCUAGACAGACUAAUAUAUUAAACUAGGACACAUAAGUUUUCUCUUGGGGUGGUCCUGAUCCCACGUAGCAAUUACUUCGUUACUGUUGAGAUCAUUAAAUGAUAGACUAUAGUAAUUACUGUAGCUACAGUAUUUAGAGUCUAGUGGAGAAGUACUGUUCAUCCUCUUAUUUUCUCUCUUCUUGUGUACGAGAUACAACCAGAUCAAUGGAUUUUUGUGUGUGUGAAGCUCUCUCUCCUUA